GCUACUUGACACUGGCAAAGUACAUUGUGCUGUUUUGGCACUACGAAAAGCCAUAAAUCAAAAGAAGAAGAAGAAGAUGUCGGUUUAGCUUAUUGUUUAUUAUCCUGUCUGGAUGGUCUUAUCAAGAACCCUCGAUAUUGAAUAGUUUUAAUUUUUAAUUUUUGCGCAGUUUUAUCUAUAUUGAAGGAGGAAACAUAUUCCUCAUAAUAUUUCAUUAAUUGUGAUACUCAUGGCGUUGACAUAAUUUGUACAAAUCAGUUUUUCAAGAUGCAGCAAACAUUUCCAAAGUUAAAAUCAUGUAAACUACUAAAGUCUCCAUUUAAAUCUUUUCAAAAGGUCGACGUAGUUUCGGAGGAGUUUACUAUUGGUCGUGGGCUUGAAAAUAAAUUGAUCAUUCCAUUCGGGACCAUAUCCAGAAAUCAUUGUAAACUCUUUAAAAAUGAUAAAAAAUGGUUUUUGGAAGACUAUAGUACAUUUGGAAUCAAUAUAAAUGGAGUAAAUUUGGGAAAAGGAAAUAGCGCAGAAAUAAAUCAUAACGAUGUAAUAGUACUGGACGAAACUUAUGCAUUUGUGUACCAGUUUCUAAAUAAGGGUGCAAAAAAUGCAGAACUGGCUGGCUCUUCUGCUAAACGUAUAAAACUGGAGCAAGAAGAAAACAGUGCAGAUAUUUUGAUUGCUAAUGAAAUGAUGAACAAUGCGAAAGUUAAGUUUGAAAAAUCACAAGAUUGUGAAAUUAGACAUAUUGAAAACAAAAUUGAAAGUGCAAAACAGAUUAAGACUAAAAACAUGAUACUAAAGAAUCAGUUGCAGUUAGACAUGAAAAGAAAAAUUAAAAGCCUUGAAAGUAACUUUGCAGCUAAAAUAGAAAAUUUGAAGGGAGGGAAAAAUGAAGUAAAAAUGCAGAAAGCAAUGCUGAUUAUAAAGAGGGAUUCACAAUUGGCAACUCUGAAACAGGAUAUGGAGGCAAAAAUUUCUGAACUUUUGGAACAAAUAAAUAAACACAAUGAAAUAGAAUCUGAACUUAUUGUGGAAAACAAUUUACUAAAGGAGAAGCUGCUCAGGGAAAGGGAUGAGUUUCUUUUAGAACUGAAUCGAGAGAACUCAUUAAAACAGGACAUCAUGAAAAAGUUGGAAACACAAAUGAAAGAACAGGAGGAUGUUCGAUUAAAAGAAAAACAGGAGUUUGAGUCACUCUUGCAAAUGGAAAGAGAGAAACUGAGAUUAUCAAAAGAAAAGGAACUAAAUGCGAUAGUAGAGCAGAAGAGAAAAAGAGAGCUGGAAUUGACAGGAAAGCUAAAACUUAUAAAGGUGAAUCUUCAAGAGCAGGAAAAGCAAAAACUUGAGGUUCAACGGCAAUUCAAAUAUCAAUUAGAGGCUAUUAAGAAAGUUAAAGAUGAAGAUAAACAGAAGAUGGAGCAGCUUAUGCACACGAAGUUAUCCGAAGCCGAAAAAAAUGCUCAAAAGAAGAUCGAAACUCUUAAGACAACAAUUUCAGAGAGGGAAACAGAAUUGUCUGCUAUCGCAGCUGAAAGAAUACAAAAACAAGCUCAACAGUCAAGUGAGGUUAUAAGCUCUUUGCAGGACCAACUGGAAAGGGUCCGAAGUCAGUUGAAAAAUGUUGAAAGUGAGAAUGUGAAACUCAUACAAAACGCAACAUCAAAUACAAGUGAAGUGGGCAAUACAAUACAAACUUUAACUGAAGUUGGAAAUAUAAUGGAAAGUGAACUGCAGUGCAGUAUUUGUGCUGAGCUCUUUGUAGAUGCCACAACUCUAAAUUGCUCACAUACCUUCUGCAAAUAUUGUAUUACUACGUGGAUGAAGAAAAAGAGGGAAUGUCCAAUAUGCAGGAAAGACAUUACUUCUGAAUGCAGAAGCUUGGUGUUGGACUCGUUUAUAGAAAAAAUGGUGCAAAAUCUCACCCACGAAAUGAAAGAGAAAAGAAAAAUUAUGCUCAAAGCUCGAGAAGAUGAAGUAACUCAUAUGAAUACGAAAACACUUGGGAUGAUUCCGAUUGGUUUGGACACUUUGAUGACAGAACCGCUCCGAUCCAUCUAUGACAUGAUUGCUCCUACGCGACUCCGUUUGUCCAUGAGUCCGACCCCCCCUAAUGAGAUCCCAACUUACGAUCUGACGUCUCCUACGAAUCAGGUGCUGGGGCCACACGGAGAGAUUAUCGUACCCAGAUAUCAACGUCGAAGACGACGACCUCGAUCAUCUGUGCACUAUGCGUCCAUUUCGCGCCAGCAUGAUCGCCUAGCCAGCGCCUAUCACGAACCUUUUUAUGACUUUUAAUAUUAAAUUAAUAUUCAAUUACUUAAUUAUUAAAUUACUUAAUUUCGAUAAUAUUCAUAUUUUAUGAAUAUUAUCGAAAUUAAGUAGGGUAGGGCGGGGCUAAUAGUCCCAAUUUUCAUUCAAAGACUCAUAAGUCUUAAAAUCAAGUACCUUCUGUCAAUAAAAAAUGUUGUAUGAAACCUUGCA